GUAAAGGGCAAAUGGUGUCCGUUUUGUAAGUUAAAAUCUUACUCUUCAUUAGUUGUCGGCUACAUUCUUCGGUGUUUUCAUUAGGGUUUUACAAUUCUUUACAUUUCAACACUCUUUACUCAGUACUAAAUCAUGAGUCGUCAUCCCGAGGUGAAAUGGGCUCAAAGAGCUGAUAAGGUUUUCAUUACGGUUAUGUUAUCCGAUUCUAAGGAUGCAAAGGUCAAUCUUGAGCCAGAGGGAGUGUUUAGUUUCUCUGGUACUGCUGGAAAUAACCAAUAUGAGUUGAAGUUGGAACUUUUUGAUAAGGUCGUUGUGGAGGAAAGCAAAAUAAAUAUAGGUCUAAGGAGCAUAUUCUGCAUCUUAGAGAAAGCUGAGAAAGUGUGGUGGAAAAAGUUAUUGCGUGGGGAUGGCAAGGGCCCCCAUUAUGUCAAAGUGGACUGGGACAAAUGGGUGGAUGAAGAUGAAGACAAGGGUGCUGGCGAUCUUGACUUGGGAGGAAUGGACUUCUCGAACUUUGGUAAUAUGGGAAUGGGCGGAAUGGGUGACAUGAUGGGCGGAAUGGGCGGAAUGGAUGAGUUUGAAGACAGUGACGAGGAAGGGCAAGAAGCAGCAAAGCCAGCUGACAAGGCCGAAGGAGAUGCAAAGCCAGAGGAGCACAGUGUCGGAACUUCAGACUAAAAGAAUGCUGAAGCAAGCACAUGAAAUCAGUUUAGCGAAAAUUGAAAUGCUGAUGAACUAUGGGUGUGCCUGAUAUUUUGUUUUUUUUUCCCGUAUCUUCGACUUGGAUCAAAGCUUGAUAUGGUUUUUAAUUGCUGGAGAUAAAAAAAAUUGGUUAAUCCGGGGAGAUAUAUGUUUCAGUCCGAUGGGUAGACAAUUUUAGCUCCUUGACAUGAAUUAGGAUGCUGUAUGUGUACCGUUAAAUCAUUUGUUUGAUGUUUAUCAUUUAGAAAUGAGAUAAUCUGGAUUUCAUCCUUGUUGCAAA